AUGUUCUGGGCAGACCUGCUUGCCCUUCUCCCUGCAGCCCCAUACCAACUGGCGGCUUUCCCCUUCGCUGCUCUCUUCCACCACCUCUGUGCUUCAGGGCGCCUCUCUCUGACUGCCCGGUACAUAUUUCUCCUCGCUGGAGGAUGUCUCCUUGCUGGCACAGCCAUGGGCAGCUACACUGUGUUGCUCCUUAUCCCUGCUGCUGGCUGCGUGCUCAUCCUCCUCUCCGUCAGCCCAGCCCGUGCCCACACCUGGGUCUUCGCCCUACAGAUGUCCUGGCAGACAUUCUGCCACCUGUGUCUCUGCAGCCGGGAGCUGGGCCCAGAGGACACCAGGCCAGCCGUUGCCCUCUCUGCCAUCAUGCUGCUCACUCAGAAGGCGACGUCUCUGUCCCUGGACAUCUACGAAGGGCUCGUGCCCCUCCAGCCAGACCAGGGGAUUUUGCAGCGCGCUCUCCCCCUCUGCAGCUACCUGCUCUCUUUCCCAGCCCUCCUCGGAGGUCCCUUGUGCUCCUUCAGCAGGUUUCAGGCCCAGGCUGAGUCUUGCGGGGCUGCCCCUUACCCACUGAGGGCCGUGGGCUGGCGGUGCCUCUGUGUGCUGGCCCUGCAGGGGCUGCGCGUGGGGCUGGCAGCGGGGCUGGGCUGUACCAGCCUGGGCUGCCUGCCCCACAUCUGGGCAUGGGCGCUGCUCCUCAGGCUGGCCUACUAUUUGCACUGGGUGCUGGAUGAGGCCCUCCUCGAGGUGUCAGGCUUGGGGCCAGAGGCAGGCCAGGGAGACCUUUCCAUCCACGACCUGUGGACGCUGGAGACAACGCACCGCCUGGCCGUCUUCACCCGGACCUGGAACAAGAGCACGUCCCGCUGGCUGAGGAGACUUGUCUUCCAGCGCUGCCCCACCCAGCCACUCUUAGCCACCUUUGCCUUCUCUGCCUGGUGGCAUGGGCUCCGGCCUGGUCACAUCUUUGGUUUCCUUUGCUGGGCAGUCAUGGUGGAGGCUGACUACCGCAUCCAUCCCUUCCUCAGUGCCCAGGCCACUUCCCAGAGCAGGAAGCUCCUCUACCGUGGCACAACUUGGGUCUUCACGCAGCUCCUCGUCACCUACAUCCUGGUGGCUGUAGAGACUGAAAGCUUCUCCAAGCUCUGCCUGCUCUGGGCUUCCUGCAACAGCAUCCUUCCCGUCUUUUAUGGCCUCAUGCUGCUGCUUCUGCUGCUUGCCAAGAAGCCAAAGCAGAACUGA